GACCAGGACCGCCGGGACCGGGACCGGGACCGGGAGGCCGGGCCGCGGAGGCCUGGAAGAGACACAUCAUGGGUCAGCUGAAGCACCGAGACCUGAACCAGCACGACCAGCACCAGGACCUGAUCCUCCUCUACACUCGGCUGCUGGAGAAAACCAGCCUGACCAAAGGAAUCCUGAGAGAAUCCACCAGGAGUCCCUCCUCUGACAGCAGCUGCUCCGUCUUAUCUCUGCUUCACCAGAACAACCAGCUGAAGAAAAAAACAGGAGAGUUGGCCUAUCAGGUGUUGGAGCUGCAGCAGAAGGUUAAAGACAAAGAACUCGUUCUGGAGGAGCAGCGUUCCAGUCUGCUGGAGGUCAGUCGGCGGCUGGAGGGUGCGUUUGAUUCUCGUCAGGAGCUGCAGCGGCAGGUGGAGAAGGUUCAGGAGGAGAACGGGUCGUUGAAGACGAAGUACGACAACCUGCUGGAGCGUCAGAGACGGGAGGAGACCAAACUCCGAGAGGAAAAGGUCAAAGGGGAUCAUCUGCUGGAGAACAUGAUCGGCCCCAAACAGCAGGCCGCCGCCCGCAUGAACAACCGCAACCAACGCCGCUCCAGAGCUCGAGAGGCGAACCUGCAGAAGGAGCUGCAGACUGCUGCUGGGUCAAAGGUCACCCUGGACAGUUGUUCCAGCGCUCCGUCCUCCAGAUCGACAUCUCCAAAGUCUCCAGAGUCCAGAGACGGAGGACACGCCAGACUGUUCAGGUCUUCAUCGGUUUCGUCUCCGAGGAUCCUCUCGUCCAUCAGAGAACUCUUUCAGAAGAGGCGGGGCCACUCUGUCUGCAGUCUGGAGGAGGAUCAGGUGUUUCCUGUCAGGAUCAGUCUGUCGGCCCGAGUACCUGUUAGAGCGCUGCAAGUACUGGAGGCCCAUGAGCAGGGCAUUAACGCUGUGAGGUUCAGCUCCUGCUCUCAGCUGCUGGCGACGGGAGGGACAGACAGACAGGUCAAACUGUGGGAGGUCCGAGCAGGCUCGCUGACUCACAGGGCGUCUCUGGACGGCGGCACAGAGGGGAUCACCUGCGUGGAGUUCGACGCCGCGGGUAGCAGGAUCUUGGCGUCCUCCUAUGAUAGGUCGGCCUUGCUGUGGCGGUUGGAUGACUCCGUUCCCAAGUGGACUCUGACGGGUCACAGCAGGAAGGUGACAGCAGCGAGGUUCAGUGGUUGUCUCCAUCAGGUGGUGACGGGCAGCGCAGACAGAACCAUCAGACUGUGGGACCUGCAGAGAGCCGCCUGUGUCCAGGUGGUGGCCGUGCCGUCUUACUGCAGUGAUCUGGUUUGUUCUGAGAACUUCAUCAUCAGUGGACACUUUGACUCCAAGAUCAGAGUCUGGGACACCAGGACGCUCCGCUGCGUUCAGGAGCUUCCCGCUCAGGGGAAAGUCACGUCGCUGGACAUCAGCUCCGACCAGCGUCAGCUGCUCAGCUGUUGCCGUGACGACUGCCUCCAGCUGGUCGACUUGAGGGGGCGGAGCAACGACCGCGUGUGCUUCAGAGCGGAGGGCUUUACAUGUGGCAGCGACAGCACCAAAGCUGUGAUCAGUCCAGACGGUUGUUUUCUCGCUGCCGGAUCAGCUGACGGUGCCGUUUACAUCUGGAAUGUUUCCACCGGCAACCUGGAGACCCGCCUACCUGACAGACACAGUUCGUCCAUCAGUGCCGUGGCCUGGUCUCUGUCCGGUGAAUAUGUGGUCAGUGUGGACCGGAGUCGGCUGGCCGUCCUCUGGAGUGACAUCUGAGACACGUUGUCACGGCAACACACCUCCCAAAAAACCAAACUGAUCUGAGAGCUGUCGAAGGGAACAUUUGUGUUUUUAAGCUAUUUGUUGAUCGGAGAAAAGGGAUGUGCUUGGUGCCUUUUUUACAUUUGCAUUUUAUAACAUAACUGGGAACCAUUAAAACAAACUGGGAACCAUUAACUGUUAGAACCAAACAAAGGGAACCUUCACACAGAGACAGGGAACACAUAACCGCCGUGCAUUAAUCAACUAAGCUGCUCUCAUGUGCUUUUCUGCAUAAAAUUGUAUAUUUAUAUUGUUUCUAUUUUCACUGAGUAAUAUUUUUUUAACCAGUCCUGAUCAUAACUACCAAAUAUUUAUUCAUUUUCAGAAUUUUAACCCUUUAAAUGCCAAUUUGUUUUGAUGAUGACACACUUGUUGUUUUUUAUAUAAAAAAAUUAAAAUGAA